UCAGCGUGUGGGGUGGCAGUGAAAAUUAAAUCGAUCAUUCUUGAAGACAUUCGCUCAAAAGACGCACGUCCUUUAAAAGGAAGUCGAAAAUAAUCUAAUCUAAUAAUUAAAUUCUCAUUCACCGAAAUGGCCAAGGGAUCCGAAAAUUAGAGACUUAGAGACAGUUGAAUUGAGUCUUUGAUUACAGAAGGAGAAAUUAAAAAGCCCUCAAGAUGAUGGGUAAAGUGAAAUCUCAGGGCCUUGUGUCCGACUUGAUGCCAAACAUCAAGCUGAUGCAAAUGGCCGGACAUUUCCUAUUUAAUUACACCGAUGAAACCGGUGGCAUGUCAUUGCUGCUGCGUAAAGUAUACGCUUCAAUGCACGCCUUCCUCAUCGUUCUCAACUUCAUCUGUAUGGGUAUCAACAUGGCUCAGUACUCCGACGAGGUCAACGAACUCACCGCCAAUACCAUCACGGUCUUGUUCUUCGCUCAUACUAUCAUCAAGCUGGCCUUCUUUGCAAUCAACUCUAAGAGCUUCUACAGGACCUUGGCAGUAUGGAACCAGUCGAACAGCCACCCUCUCUUCACGGAGUCGGACGCCAGGUACCACCAGCUCUCUCUGGACAAGAGCCGCCGGCUGCUCUACUUUAUUUGUGGUACCACCUGUCUCUCAGUUGUCAGCUGGGUGACCCUCACGUUUUUCGGCGAGUCCGUCCGCCUGAUCGCCGAUAAGGAGAGCAACGAUACCCUGACCGAGCCAGCUCCCAGGCUCCCGCUGAAGGCCUGGUACCCCUUCAACGCGAUGAGUGGAAGCAUGUACAUCAUCGCGUUCGUUUAUCAGAUCUACUGGCUUUUGUUCUCAAUGUUGAUCGCCAAUCUGAUGGAUGUGAUGUUCUGCUCCUGGCUGAUCUUCGCCUGCGAGCAGCUGCAGCAUCUCAAAGCCAUCAUGAAGCCACUCAUGGAGCUCAGCGCUGCUCUAGACACCUACAGGCCUAACACUGCUGAGUUGUUCAGGGCAUCUUCUACUGAAAAGUCCGAAAAAGUCCCAGAGCCCACAGACAUGGAUAUCCGCGGUAUAUAUUCCACGCAGCAGGAUUUCGGCAUGAUGCUGCGAGGCGCGGGGGGUCGCCUGCAGAACUUUAACUCGCCGAAUCCCAAUCCGAACGGGUUGACCCAAAAACAAGAGAUGUUGGCUAGAUCCGCUAUCAAGUAUUGGGUGGAGAGACAUAAGCACGUUGUGAGACUGGUGGCGUCCAUAGGAGAUACUUAUGGUACUGCUCUACUGUUUCACAUGUUGGUGUCAACCAUUACACUUACACUUCUGGCUUAUCAAGCGACAAAGAUCGAUGGUCUCAAUGUGUACGCGUUCAGCACAGUCGGAUACCUCAGCUACACUCUUGGGCAGGUGUUUCACUUCUGUAUCUUCGGCAACAGGCUUAUUGAGGAGAGCUCUUCAGUGAUGGAAGCAGCAUACUCGUGCCAAUGGUACGACGGCUCCGAAGAAGCUAAGACCUUUGUCCAGAUUGUGUGCCAGCAGUGUCAGAAGGCCAUGAGCAUCUCCGGCGCCAAGUUCUUCACGGUCUCACUGGAUCUGUUCGCUUCUGUACUCGGCGCUGUUGUAACCUACUUCAUGGUGUUAGUACAACUGAAGUAGAAGCCACCGAAUUCAUCAAAGACAACUUACAAGCUUCUACCUUUGAGUCUGUUGAACGAAAUGUAUUUUUCCCUCUGAGGUUGAACUUAAAAGUUAAGAAUCCUCAAAUUGCGACGCGGCCAUACGACUACGAUUACCGUCGUGAAAUUUUGAUUGAUGACAAAGCGUUUAGGUACUAUUGGUUAAGAGUCUUAAUUCAAUCCUGUGUACUUACACUUAUAAAUAGCACCUUAUGACCUCAAAAAUUCGUGGUUAAAAUCUGUCGGGUUACUCGUUCCCACGGUGUAUAUAAUCUUUAGGUAUACCUAAGUAUAAGUUAUAUUUAUAUUCCUCCCAAAAAUUGUUGACUGUCAUAUUGAAAUAAAUUUAUUACAUCAGAAUAAUACGUAACAAUGUCAUUUCUAAACUAAACAAUUUAGUACAAUUAAAGAUAUUACACUUGUUAUAAUAUUUCUGUGGUAUUUCAUUUUGGUAGAUCAUAUGUAGGUACGUAUUUUUAUUUAGGAGGUUAGACAUAAUUUCUAACAAACUGCGGAAAUUUUUAGCGUUAAAACCUUGUAAAUAAAGUCCCUCGCCGCGUUUGAGUGUUUGUGUGUAUGUAUGUUCACGAUAAAUUUAAUAACUUCGGAACGGAUUUUCAUGCUGUUUUCACCUGUUAAUAGAGUGAUUCAUGAGGAAGGGUUAGAUUUGUAAUUUGUUAAAGUUUUGUGUAACCCGUGCGAAGCCGGGGCGCGGGUCGCUAAUAGGUUUAUGGACUAGAAUAGACAUAGAUUAGAAUUUUAUAGCUUGAUACCUUUACGAGCAAUUCUAAAAAUAUCUAGUAGGGGAGACCAAGGUGAGUUGUGACAGAGGAAAGUUGUGACAUUGUCGAUUUUUUGGAAUCUAUUAACUAAAAACUAGGUCGCAAUAGCGCGCGUUUGUUGGUUCAAAUUGCGAGCCAACAAACGCACACUGUUGCGAGCUCACUAACACUUAUUAGAUUUCAAAAAAUCGACAAUGUCACAACUCUCCUCUGUCACAACUUACCUCGGUCUCCCCUACCUAAUAGUUAAUGUUUUUAUUGUACACUUAUUUAUAAAUGGAUUUAUUAUUUUACUAGUGACACGUCUCGGGAUACACAAGACCUUUACAAAGUAUAUAACAAAACCAAUUACACACCUUCCCCAAGAAUCUAUUGGUAGGUGAAACUACAUCCUUUCAGUAGUUUUUGAGUUUAUGGAGAACAUACAUAAUAUACAGACGUGGCGGUGGACUUUGUUUUAUAAUGUGUAGUGAUGGUUACCAACAUGUUAUUCGUGAUAAUAUUUAUUUUCACGGCUCCUAGUCGCAUUUACACAUAUUUCACUAUUUCAGUGAUGCACAUUUUAAUAUUUACCUACAAUAUUAUUGAACUACUGUUGUGGAAGUAAUUACUAAGUAUGUUUAUAAUGUUGUUACUUCACUUAGAUUUGCGGGUAUGUAUAUUGCUAAUUAAUUUAUCGGGAAUCGGUUUAUUUUUACGGUUAAUGUAUUACUUCAUCUCUGUUUUUUUCUUAUGCACUUAUAAUAAGUCUCUGUUUGAUCCAACGAUUGACUGGUAGACAACACUCUAAGAGUGACAUUCCAUUUCCAACUGCAGCUGCAAUACUAUGGAAAUUGACAGUGACAGCGGCGCGUUUCCAUAGUAAAAUGAACAGUAUUGCAGCUGGAGUUGGAAAUGGAAUGUCACUUUAAGGCAGUAAAUAAUUAAAAUUAAUUGUCUAGCUGCACCUUUCUUUUGUCUUAUUUGUAUAGGUAAUGUUUUGGCACUUAGAACUCGUAUAUGUGAUACAAUAGUGUGUACCUAUAUAUUUAUUAUAAGUACCUAUUUAUCAUAAAUAUUCAAGAUCGUAAAUGAAAAGUUUUUAUAUGUAUAAAAAGGUUAUAAUAUAAGAAAGUAUAUUAUAUGCAAAGGAAAAUAAUAGUAGUAGGAUUUUUUAUAGAUUGACGGUAGUUGAAAAAUUUGGCUGGACCUAUAAAUAGUUAUUUUUCUCUUGUGUUUGUUAGAUGGUAUAUUUUAUGGAUUAAAUUAUUUUUAAAUAAAA